GUUUUAGACAUGUGGCUCUGACAUCCAAUCGCCUGAUCGCGGCUUUAGUCAGCCCUUUUCUCUCAGGAGAUCCCUCUGCUGAAGACCAGCGUAGACAAAGGUUACCCACGGCUGCACGACCAUCUCCAGAUACCACUAGGAUCGAGAUUUUUUCCUCCUUUCUCUCACACCCGCAGCAUCAGUUCUUGUCAUCGGCUUGGACCACCGUGUAGCGACCAUGUCUGUAGCAGGGCUUAAGAAGCAGUUCCACAAAGCCACUCAGGUAAGCGGAGGCGACAUUCUGCACACCAAAUCCCAGUAGAUCCUCAUGGUGUAGAGUCACGUUGUUUAAGGAAUUUGCAGUGUUGAUCAGAGGGUAAAGAUUGGCAUUUUUAACUAACCCUUUUAUGCUGUUUAUAAACGAACCUUUGCUCCAUCUAUCACCUCCAAACCUCUACCUUACCGCUGUCCUGGUGCUGAAAUGUGCUCCUGUGUAGAGACUGCAGCACUGCACCAUCAGAAUCAUGUACUACUCAUGUCGACCGCUGCAGUCUGGGCUGUAAUUUAAUGUGAUUAUUCGAUGCAUGACGGGGAGAUACGGGAUAAUUAUUCAUGUCAUGUGUCUGCUCGGCACGACACAGCGCUCAUAGUGAUGAUAGUGAUGCCGGGAACGUCAGAUCCUCCCGGUACCCUUCAGAUGACAUUCCGCGCCGGAAUCCGGCAGAACCGCAGCUCAUGGCAGCCACGGGCAUUAGUAAUGCGCAAACUGUAGUGUUGUAUGAAGGAUAAUGGUUUAAAACGGUGUUUUUUCAGCCAAUAGCAGUGGGAACUCCGGCGCGCGAGAUGUUAUGCAAUCGUUAAGAGCGCCUUGGUGGAAAUCCGCUCCUGCCAGCAGCAGCACGCCAUGACCUCCGCGCCCUCUAAACGCAUUUAUCGCCUAUUGCGGGACACCGGUGAUGAAUUAAAUCAUGGCUUCCCCCUUCUCUAAUGCAGGAUCUCCUGUAGUUAAAAGUUAAAGGCCCCACAUGUAGGACACACUCAGUUCAAGGUUACUCAAAGGCUUCCUCAACCCCUCCCAGCCAUCUCAGCAUCUUUGUUUUUCCCACCCAGGAGCUCAGGCUGAAAUUUCUUUAACCAUCAGUCACUCUCACAGGGUUGGCCCCAGGUCACAAAAGGUCUCAAAUGGGAUCUUGAUGGACAGAUCCAUUCCCUGCAGUAGCCUCACACUGACUCUGGGGCCUUAAGUGACUUUUAUUUUCUGUGCUGGUUGUAAGGGAGGUUGUCAGUUUCUGGGUGUGAGUCACAGGGACACUGAAGCCCUAAGCCUGGCACAGCGGGACACCCCCAGCCUGGCUGAGUCACAUAUAUACACACCUCUGUCCAUGCUUGUUCUCCAGUUCACCCAGUUUCUAAAUGACUAGGGUUAUAGCCCCCAGUUUGUAUCAUUCUUCAACUUAAUGAGCAAUUGAAACUGGAAUGGGAGAAGAUGAUGGCUUCAUUGUGACUCUGAUUACUCUGUGUGUCGUGUAGGUCAGCCUCUGUAGAUAUUUAACUCUCUUUACUGCACAUUAAACCUGGGUUGUGGAGUCAUAAGUUAAUUUACUCAAUUAUCAGCUGGGAUCAGAUAUGGUGAUACAUAAUGUUUUAUUUUUAGUCCAUCUGUUAUAAACUGACACUAAAAAGCCUUUUGUGGAUUCAUGUAGCUGAGGUUCUCCGCACCUUUUCUGGUCAUUUGGAGUUUCAUCAUGUCUGAAGAUUAAGUAGAAAGUAAAUAAUUUCAAAUGUGCCUGCUCUGCUGUUAACACACUUCUCAGUUUUAAUCAGCAGCUCAUCUGAUCUGAUUGGAAGGAGACAGCAGCACUUGGGGCAUUAGAUGGCUGCACAGAUUGUGUUAAUUCAGUGUGAUGAGUCUAUUGUCACUCAUUAGCAGAAUCAUGUCUCUCUCUCUCUGUGGAUGAGAAAUGCCUCUGUGUGAGUGUGAGGCAAUGCUGCUUGGGAGGUAUUUUAUCUGUAAAAUAUGCACACAGUUAUGUCUCAAAGAGCACAUGCAUUAAGAGGUGUUGCUGAGUGUGUAAAAUUGCCUCGAUUACAGUUGAAUUUGUAGAUUUUUACACAACACUGUCAUCAUUACUCAGUUUUAUUCCCAAUGUGAUUCAGUCAGCUCGAGGCCCAGACUUAGCUGUCUCUGUGGUCUUAUACCGUCUGCUCCUCUGCUUUAAAACCCCCAAACCUCUUUACCACACACACACACACAGUCCUCUCCUCCCCAGACUCUCAGUGGCAGAAGGCGCCUUACAACCCCUUUGGUCAAGUGCCACAGUCCUGUAAUCCAGGCCCAGACCCACAGCAAUCUGGCUGCUUAAACACACAUCCUCUAAGCAGACUGCAGCAGUACCCCACAACCCAGCAUGUGAAGAGGGGGUCACAAGGAUUAAGGGAUUAAAACGUAUCAGAUAACAAUUUGGCUCAAUAUAUAUUAGAGGUUAUGGAACAGUUUGAUUUUUGAGCAAAAUUGCUGAUUAGCUCCCAAGCUGGAGGCAGGAUGAAGAGAUUAGGUCCCAUUUCUCAGCUUCACAGUGAAUGUUGGCUAAAUUUAGUCUUAAGAUUACAAUCAGUACCCUGGCUGCAGAAAUUGCAAGAAGGGGUGUCUCUUUGCCCAGGCACAGUGAGGAUUGGGUGGUAAGGAAAACUCCAUCAUGCUGCUCAUAUUGUGACUAAACUACACCAAAAUGAUGUAAAGAUGUGUUUCAUGUUUGGAUUUUUCUUUCUAAUGUUGUUUACAAUGUCAAAUAAUCCUGCUGCUGAUCAAUAAAUCCAGUAGUCUGGCAGAUAAAGUGCAUAAUUAAUGGCUUUCCAAGGCCAGUAACAACAUCCCGAUCAUUACAUCGGUCCUGUUUGUAUUCUGCCAGCCUUGUGCUGUGCUGCUCUCCCACACAGUUUUCUAGACCAGCCCUGUAAUAUGGAGGCUCAAGCUGAGAGGAUUCUGGGACAUUAUUGUGAUAGGAUGCUUUCAAAAUCAAGCUUACUCAGGCUAUGUCCUUCAGACUUUCCUUCCACAGCUGUAAAUUCACAACAGUUCACGGUUCUAGAAUCCAUUCAACACCGUAUGAAAAUCCAAUUUUAUCUUGGAGCUGUAAAGCUUACUGAUCUGUAAAAUCAUUUUCAUUUUCAAAGAGAAAUACAGCCUUGAACUUAAAAAAGAGAAAAAGAAAUAUAAAGUCGAUAUGAAGUUUUGAAGUAUUUGAAAUUGUCCCACAGUGAGAUGCAGCAUCUUAGUCUACGGUCACAAAAUUUUACACUUCCAUGGAGACAAUGAGCUGCAGUAGUAUCUUCCUGUUUUAUUAGAAGACUGCUGAAUUCCUGAAUUGCUGCGUUGUCUGUGUAGCUCUUUGUGUGGCUAAGUGCUAAUUAGCUUUGCAGCUUAGUCUACAGUUAACAUGCAGCAUCUGCUUACUGCGACAUAGAGAUUCCUCAUUCCUGUGCACAGAGGCUUGCAGCAUUCCUUUAUUACUGACUUCAUGCACUCUGCAGAGGGAAGCCGCUCAUAAAAGGCAGAGAGCCAUGAAGUCACCAGAUUUUUAUGGGCUUCACAUACACGAGCACGCACACACGCACGCACGCAGGCACACAAACACACAAACUCACUUUCACCUUCUUUCAUACAUCACUGAGUGAUUUAUUUCACAAGACCACAAUUACACUUUCCCAUGACAGAAGACCCCCCUACCCCCACCCCUGCCACUCUCUCUCACCAAGGACAUUAGGCCUCACAGAAGUGCUAAUAUCGCAGGACAUUUGACAAAGAAUGGAGGCGUAACGCGUGAAGGACAUUGCCUUUUAAGUAAAACAACUAAUUUAUUUAUCCAGCAAUCCAUCAUUCACUUCCUCUCUGGAUUAGGUUAUAAAACAGUGCAUUUAGUAAAACAUUUGAAUGCUUUGGGAUAGUUUUGUUCAUAGUUUGACACUUAAUGACAUUGUAUUUCCAAUCGAUUGAUUUAAAGCUGAGAUUGAGUGGCUGCACUGCAUGAAACAUCAGAAGUCACCUCCAGCUCACAGCCAAAUGAGUCAUGGAUGGAGCAGAUGUUACCUCCAUGAUGGCUCUGUUCCCAUGUGGAGUCAUGUUUACGUGUGUGUGAGUCUGCAGCUUAUGUGUGUGUGUGUGUAUCAGGGAUGUUAACAUCAUUAUGUGAUGUGGCCUUUUAUUUGGGAGAACUGUUAUAUCUAUUCAUCUGAAAGGAGCAAACUGCAUGAUGCAUUUGCUGAAGCCCGAUAGUCCAGCUUGUGAUGUUUUGAUUGUGCCCCUGUGAAAAUACCAGUGUUUAUCUCAAUGGAGAGAGUCUGUGCUGUGAGCAAAGAGACAAAAAUAAGAUCAUUAAAUAGGAACUGCAGGAGGGAGAGAGCAGAGACGAGGAUGGUGGGGAAGCUUGAGAAACUGUGCCAUGGUAAAAGAGAGGGAGAAAAACAAGAAAAGAAAAGUCUCAUGGGGUGCCUGAGCUUGGAGCUUUUCCAGAUGAAAUGGUUGCUUUGCUUCUCAACCAGCGUCAGAAGGAGGAUAACAAGUAUGCUCACAAGUAUGACUUCUAUUGCAGUCACAUCACAUAGGUUGGUUAGAUGUAAUGCUUGAUUUCCUUUCCUUAUAUCGGGUCGUUGGGUACAAGACUAGCGAGCAGUCCUAUCACUGUUUGUAAAAUUAUUGAUACACUGCCUAUUGAAAAGCCUAUUGCUCUUUUAAUACUGCUCUUUUCUUGUUGUCUAUAUGUUCAUAUGGCAUUUUUCUGAUACUAGAGGACAUAUAAGAAAAAGAAGUGCGAAAUUGCAUUUCUGAGUAUUUCUGCAUUCAAAUCACUGUGAAUCUCUGGCAGACCCAAACGGCAGGUUCAAAAACAGUGAGAUUUCAAUCCAAGCUCCGCCCCCGGAGCCCCUCCCCCCGAGAGGACGAUCACAUAACAAGCGUCUGUGUUAGCGGAUUGAAAUGCUCUAUUAGCUUUUAUCAUGCCCCUAAAGACAUUAGUGUCCGAGAGCUGAAUAGCUCCUAUGUUACCUGUUUCUUCUACUACACCGACAAUGUUAGGCUGUAAGCUGACUCGAGGAGAAGUGUUGGAGCAGUGCUGUCUCCGCCCACGACUCAGAGGUGAAUUGCUAAUGAGCUAGGCUUGACUUGCUAGUGAUCAGGCUAGCAAGUCAACAUACUCCCACAUACUCUUGAUGUCAAGUUAACACCAUUUGAACUAUGUAUUGUUUUUCCACUUCACCCAACUUAACAAAUCCAUAAUAAUGCAGGAAUAUUGAAUCUACUCACAGAGAGGAAUCAAACAUGACAGUACCAGUGGUUAAUUAUGUCUUCAGAAAACCAGAUUUGUUGGUAAACCACAUUAAGUCUUAUUCUAAUUUCAGAAACUCAACGUAAAUAGAGAAAAAGAAAAAUGAUAUAAACUUUCCUCUGGAAACCUUGGUAACUGAAGCAGAGGAGUCUCUGCAGGUUGUAGAGUUAUACCACAUGGUGAGCUCUGGGUCGUAAUAUCCCCUUUGUGUGUUAAAAAGGAUCUCCUGCUGUUUUAACAUUUUACCAGAGGGAAACUGGACCCCUCUGAGGAACAUCUGUACGCCCAGCAUGAGCGCUUAUGUUAUGUACAGUAGGUACACGUGGACCUGUGUGACAGCAGGAAUCCACAUGUGUUUGAGUACUGUCAGUGAUGUACAAUCAGAAAGCUGCUUUAAAAGGGCUCUAUCAUUUUUCUUUUUUACAGUGGAUAGCAGAGCAGUAAUCCCUUGUUUUUUAGUCAGCGGUGGUUCUGCUCGAUGUUUCCCAGUGUGUGUGCUGAAUGCUAAUAGCAGUAUUACACAUGUCUUUCACUAUCCUGUGUGUAGCUUUAAGAUUUGUCUACUGAAAGCAAUCUCCUCUUGCCUCAAGGCAAAUAUUCAAGUGUUGGGGACUCUUUUCUUGGUCCAUUUAGAUUUAAUUCUCUGUGUAUGUGCGCAGACACACAGUGCCCUUUUGGGUAUGCACUGUGUAGGUGUGCAUGUGAGCGUGCAGAUCUGUACAUGCGUGCCUCCCUACGGGCAGCAGAGGGGUCCGUGGAUGUGACUGACGCCUGCAGGGGCUUUAGGGCAGCAGAUUGUGAGUGGAUGACUCAUCCAGCCCGGAUCCUUACUGGGGCUACUGCAGUGCAGCGUAAAACAGAUCCAGCUGGGAGAUAACAGAUGGGUCGGGAGGGACAAGGAGAGGGAAGCAAGCACAGUUAGAUAAGAGAAGACAAGAAAGGGGGGAGAAGAAAGUAAUCAGCCUUGAGCAGGUAGGGACGGCAGGGAGAUAAAGAGAGAAUUCAGCCAAGAGAUACUGACAGUGAGGAGGGACUCAGCCAAAUCAAACAGCAGAGAGUGAGAACAGUGGGUCUGUGGGGAUGCACUGUUUUCCAUACCUUCUCAGAUAUCACCAACAAAUUAAAAAUAGUAUGUUAUUAGUGCAACGACAGUAGAUCUGGAUAAGGUUUAAAGUAUUGAUUUCUUUCCAUUUGACUGACCUUUCCACCCUCACCCCCUGCUUCAUUGCACCAAGGAGGUGAACAGCCGCUCCAUUUUAGAGCUGAAACCUGGCUUCAAUUUCACUUCUAAUACAGGAUUGCCCAGUGGGGACAAAACUCUGAGGGCUGGGUUUUAAGUACAGAUAUGUUGUGUCAUGGUUGUCAUUUUCUAACAAGCCUGAGAUGUCAAGUGACCAGUCUCAUUUUUUAAAUAAUCCCUUGAGAAUUGAAUUCUCUUAGACCAGCUGACACAGUGCGUCCACUUUUGGCACGGUGCGGGUCAGCAUUGCAACAAAAAGCGAUGCUGCACUGGAUCACAUCCAGCCAUACCUGCAGUUGAAAAGCUCCUCUCCUUUCAUCUUUAUUCUUCUUUCACUACUCUGCUCCUGCUGUAUUGCUUUCCUUUUUCUUUUUCCUUGUCCUUUGCUUGUGGCUUAAAAGCAGAUUUCACUCACUGAAGCAGAGCACUUCCAUCAGGACUUUUUCCCUCAGGUGUCCUAUGCUUAACAGGAAAAAAAUCUCAGUUAGCUUUUUGACAGCUGCACCAGUAUUUCCAUCUGACACACUUGAUCCCAGCUCCUGAAGGCUGCUCCUUUCCCCAAGUUCUCAAACAAGGAAGUGACUCACCAGUCCUGAGGCAUACUAUUAAUACCAGUGUUAUAGUAGAAAUGGAAUAUGAACUGUAAUUUUACAGCAAGUUUCUGGUCUGAACUUUUACACAACAUGUCACAUUCACCAGUUUAAAUCACAUCCAUCCACUCAUGCCUGCCCAUCAGUAUUAAAUAAUCAUUCACUCCAGACUGGCGAUGCCACAGGGAGCAAUUUGGGAUUUAGUGUCGCCCAAGGACACUAUGGUAUGUGACUGCAAGAGGUGGGAUCAAAUCACAGAUUUAGAGACAGCCGACUCUGCCACUAAGCCCUGAUGUCAGCUCCAUCACAUUGGCUCAAACACCUUCGUAUUGAUUUCUCCAAAGCCACAUAGAUCCUGUAACGAUCCUUUUGUGUGUUUGUACAACGCAUCACUGUAAGGUAGGCAGGGGAGGCAUGAUGAUGUUUAUUAUAGUAAAACAUUAGAGUUUCAGCUUUUAUCUCUUUUGUUUUCAGAACUGUAAGAUCCAAAAGUAAAAGGUGCUGUAGGUCCUGAAAAAAACAAACUACAACACACUCAAAUAACAGCAACAUCAGCUCGAGUAAGCCUUCAACUUGUCUGUCGUCAACAUGAUGAAGUUAAUUGUCUCCAACUACCCCUUAGCUCUUUUCAGCAUGCCACUGACUUUUAGAAACCCUGUAAGCGCUUCAAAAACUCUCCAGUAGGAGUCUGAAAUAGCUUGUGUUCAAGAUCCUGCAUUAUACAUCUAAGCAAAAGUGCUGUUUAAAGAUUCGUUAGCUCGAAAUAGAGGAAACCAUAAGAACCAAAGAAAAACUCAGCUGAAAAUCAUUAAAGAUUGAAACAAACCCUAUCAACUCACAAAGAGAAUUAAUUAAAGAAGUUGACUCUUUAACUUUGAGUGACCUUUCUGUUACACAACCUUUGACAGGAGUGCACAUGCAGACACCAGAGGGCUGAAAACUGGACAGUGAAGCUGUCUUUGUUUUGACUUCAGCUCUGUUCUGGAGGUUAAUGACAGACGGACAUGGCCUGUAACCAUCCUAUUCUUAGCCUGGCCUGUUUGCACAUUUUGAAUAAGAGCACUGGUGAGGUAAACUCAUUAAACGUCCUCAGCCAGAAGAAAUCUGAAUUAAAUUGUUUAAAUCUGUCAAAGAAAAAAGCAAAGACAGAAGGAAAUUCAGCAGCUGUUGUAGUUUUUUUGUCUGUGAGAGCUGCUGUUUGCUUCUGUCUGUCGGUGAGUUUCUCUCGGGUGUUUUCCUCUCCCUUAUUUCUCCUCCUGCUUCUCUUUCAGCAUCAGUAUUCAGGCCAUGCUUGAUGUUUUAUUCAGGACUGCUGUAUUACAUAUUCUGGGCAUCAAACACUGCAGGAGAAGCUGCUGAUGGCUCAGGGCGGGAAGGGGGAAAUUCUCUGAACCUGUUAUCACAGGUUGAAGGUUUGUCUUCUCUGACAGAAUGAAUGAGAAAGUGACUAUCAGGAAGUUUAGGUUAUUUGCCAAUGAUAUACCUUACUGAAAGUUUAGUUAUGUUACACUACAAUAUAAUACUGUUAGGUUUGGGUUUAUGUGAUGAUUUCAAAGUUUGUAUCACCAUCCUUGGAAACAUUGAACCUUUUUACCUCCAUGCACUCAAAUAUCUGCAAACACAGAUAAGCCAAAAUUGAACCACCUCCAUACCCAUACACACUCAUUCUCCUUUUAUUCAGGGACAUUCAGGUCGGAUCAUUAUUAGCCAAAUAUAUUACCCAGAGGUCUGCAAUCUCCUACAAAGCCAUUCACUGGCUGGUUAUUGGCUCUUAUGAUAUAUCUGCUGACAUGUCAUGAAUAUAAUGAAAGCACGGAAACAUAAUUUGCAGACACGGACAUUUUUAUAUCCUUUCAGACCUUGUGAAUGUACAGACGGUCAUGCAUAGUGCUUCUGCUCAAAGGGUCAAAGGUCAUAAAGCAGGUCAACUGGGUCAGUCAGGCUUUCACUCAUUUCACUUGAGAUAAAGCAUUGAUUUAAAAAAAAUCUGUAUAAAAUUGUAAGAUAUGAGACUAAAAAUGCAUUUAAAAUGAGAACACAGAGCUAAAAAUUUUAAAUAAAUGAUAACUUGAAAGAGCAUAUAUUAGUGAAAAGCAGUGUUGUUUUCGUUGACGAUGACGUUGACGAAAAUAUCUCGUCAACGUCAUCGUCAACAAAAACAGCACUGCAGAAUAUAUGUUUAGCGUUUGACUGAUGAAAUACUCAUGAAUUUUGCAACUCUGUUCGUCGUCCACCACUAACGUUUUCGUCUAGUCUUGUCUCCUCAAUGUAAACACACAUUUGUCUCGUCACAUUUUAGUCAUCUAAGACUUAUGUUUAGCUCGUCAACGUCGAAGUAGAAGAUUUCAGAAUACAGCAGAUGUCAUAAAAAGUGCCCAUCCUCUGCCCAAUCAUGCUCUGAAUUUGCCCUCUUCUCAGCUCUUGAGACUUAAAAUAUGCAGCUAACAAAAUGUGACACAGCAGUGUACAGUAUGUUCUCUGUGCUCUAGCAGAUGCAUUAACUCCUUUGCCAGGAGAAGUAAAGGGGGCAUAUGGACCAGGGGGAAAAAAAGGAAAGAGGAGGGGAUGAAGAGCAGCAGAGAGCAGGAGGAGAUGAGAGGAGGAAGUCGUGGAGUUAAAGGGGGAAUAGAGGAGGAUGUUGCACACAAAAGGGGAGUGGGAGCUUUGCUCUGAGGCAGCUGCAGCAUCAUGUCCUCAGUCUGAUGCCUAAUUUAGCUGAUGAAGGGACAGUAAUGAGGGACCGGAAAACAACAUGAUUCAUUGUAUUCACGUUUUUUACCCAGCAGCUUUCAGGGAGGAGUUUAGGUGUUUUUUAGUGAGCUUGCUUGUAUGUAUCUAUAAAAAAAAACAUGUCGCCAUGGACACGCAGUGCACACACAUCAAUUUCUCACUGACUGCAGCUCUGAGUCUGGCUGGUUUGUGAGGGAUUAUACUCAGAUUAAUCAGAGCACAGUGACUUUGCAUCAUUCUGAGGCUGUGUGUGACUCAGAAUCAGAAAGCUGCAGAGAUAAUCUGUGAAACGUGCUGCAUGUGCCCCACCAGACCAACAAAAUGUACCAUGUGACAGGGUCACAAACUCAUGAUCUCCCCCUUUGUGUCUUUUAAGCAAAUUCCCUUUGGGACUUUUGGUGCAGUGGUAUGAUUUUUAAACUCCACCGUUAUCGAAUGGAAACUGCACAAUCUAUGCUGAGAAAUUCCUCAAAAUGUUUAGGAUGAGAGCUAGAGUACAGCAUAUAAGCUUUGUUUUUGCAUAUUUCACUGUUAACUAUGUACCAAAAUCUUAUCAAAUAUACAGUCAUUAAUUAUGACUAAUUUUGCCAGAUACUGUUUUGUGAUUAGCCUAAUGUUGUAGCUCACAGUGAGUAGUAAAUCAUUUAAUCACAAUGCUGCUAAGUGUAAACAAGCUUCCUCAUCACCCACUGGAUGUGUAAAGGAAAGCCACAGACUUGUGUGUAAACAAAGUUAUUGUCCUGCUGCUUGGACAAAACAUGACAAACAGACUGAGCAGUGGAUUAGACCGCUUAAAUUAAAUGCAAAUGAGGGUUGUUUUUUUAAUUAGGAGAUGGAGGAGGAUGGGCCUCUGUGAAUUUGUAUGAAGGUGUGUAUUUGGAGUAAUGUGAGCAGGUGUUUGGAAUAUAAAGGUAAAUAAGGUGGUGUGGAUGUUUAUUUAUUUGCUUUGAAGGAUCACAUGAGAGAAGGAAUCUGAAUUUUAGUUAAAAAAAGAUAUAUUUUUCUACCAAACUUGUUAACUUGUGAGUUUAUCUCCAUUUAAAAAUAAUGAUAGUAAUAAUAAUACAUAUGCGAAUAAAAAUAAUAACUAUGCUGUACAAGUAUAAAUUAAUACGUAUAGUAUUGAUUUGCAUUUUAAAUCAUUUUAUUAUUGUUGUGUGUAGUAGUAUGAGUAAAUCAAGACCCUACUGCUCUGCAUUGGAGUCUGGAUCACCCUCUUGAGAUGCUAAUUUGCAUAACCACCUGCUCACUAUACUACAUCAACCAGCUUCAUAACCAGCUACCAGCUAAACCUUAAAAAGCUGACACACAUGAUUUCAUGGGGUUUUUAAAUCUGAAAAUCAUUUAUUUAUACAGCUUAAAAAGUCUCUCCAAUUGCACAGCAAGUACUGACUGUUGCCGUGGCAACAUACUCUCAUCAGUCUCCUUGCAUUAAGGAUUAAUAUUAGAAGGAACAUCUCAGCUGACACUCAAGUCAAAACAUGAGCUGCUCUUUUAAUAAAUUACAUCAAACUCAACAUUUCCAUGAAAUGUAAUGUUAGAGGGGGUGAACAGGACUUUAGUGACAGAUAUUCAUGUAGGCAUUUUUGUCCCCAUCCAUUCUCGUGUGGAACGAGGGUCUCUGCAUUUGACAGACCUUUUAACAUACAGUAAAAUAAGUUGAACACAGGUGUUUCUGUCCCUUAUGGCUUCAUUGAUUUUGUAGAAUCAGUAGCUUAGAGAUGCACCCACUAGCUUUGUUGUCAUCUGGUUGUCCCCUGGUGGCUUUUGCUCCUGAGAGUUAGAUUCUGUUAAUGCAUUCAAUGUUAACAUAUUAAUGCAAUAAAUGCUGAAACCAGAUAGAAACGCAGAAUGACGUUAUACAAGUCAGAUGUGGGAGCUAACACUAAAGGUCACUAAAGCUGAAGAGGUCCUUACAGAAGUUUAAUGUGGUAGGUACAGAGUCAUUUUCUACAGUUUUGCAGCUCUUUUGUAUCAUAUUUCCUGAAGUAGAUAUUUCUGUCUCAUAGUGACUUCAUGAGCUUUAAGCAACUUUGGUUCGUGAGUGUUAUUCAUUCAUGUUUUUAGAGGGAGUUAGUCACCACAAACCUUUAACAUGAAGAGACUGAUGGGAAGACCCCAGUAUCCACGCAGUAGAUGUAAAGUUACUGACUGUGUGUAUUAGUGCAUACAUUUGUCUAGGCUUGUAUCCAAAUAGUAUUAUCCACCACAGUGAAGGCACAAACACAAAACAUCAUCAGUAGGUUUUAUUAUCACUACAAAAGAGUCUAGUUACUCUCAAAUAAGCCACAUUAGCCUGACAAGUCCAGAUAUAAAUCCUUUAAUGCUGAAUAUAAGUACUUGAUUUAAUGUAACACAUAAAAAGUGGUUUUAAGCGUUACAUCUUGUCUGAAGAAACUAAAAAAAAUAGACUUGUUUGCAGCUGUUUUUACUCAUCACAGCCAAUAUAGUCCACACAUUUGGGUAACAUCUUAAAAUCAGUUUGCUCCGUAUUAUAGACUUAUGCUGUCGAUUACAGCAGACUUUUCAUAAAUCACGCUCUCUGUUAUGUUACGGCGCUCAGUUCUUGUUAUUAUUGAGCUCUGAGUUCACACCUUCUCAGGAGACACACUCUGGUACACGCUGACCUGUUUCUUACUUUUAGAAGCAAUCUCAGUGUUGCUGGGUAAUAAAAAUUAUGCUGGUAAUUACUUCAAUACACUUAUGAUCAGGCCUCAAUAAUGGAGAAGGUGUGCCUUCAAUAAACCUCACAAUGUAGUAGACUUAUCUGUGCGGCUGGUCCUAAUCCUAUGGCAUUAAAUUCACAAUUUUUUUUCUUUUAUAAUCAAACAUAAAAUACUUGUGAUUUAAAAAGUUUCAAAUUAAGGAAUUAAACUUACUUUUCAGGCUGAUUAGGACACUAAUGCUCGAAAAUAUUCAGUUUAUGAUCCUCAUUGUUAGUGGAGGGCUGAUGAUUGGCCCAACGGAGAGCCUGAAACCAUUGAUGAUGAUCGUGACUUUUUGUUUUUUUCUCAAAAAUAUUCCCCUUUACUUUUGCCCUCUGACUAAUAAAUGACCCACCUUACAUUUGUACAUCCUUUUAUUUGAUAUUUGAAUACACCACAGUGCUUUUUCAACUAACAUGAACUGUCUCUGCAUGAAUGAGGAAGUUCCGCCUUCAUUAUUUUGUGUAUCCUUAUAUUACCUUUUUUCUUUUGUUCUCCUACUGUUUCAUCUUCUUAAUGGACAAAAAUCUAAUCUAAUCAGACUGCUGUUGAAAAGCAGACAGUCAAUACCAAAAUGGUUCAUGCUGUCCUCCGGCUGUAUUAACAUUAGGGCUUAUACUCUGGUAGAUACCCAUGCGGUGUGAUUGAAAGUCUGCUGCUGUCUUGCUGUUUUUUUAUCUGCUCAUUGAUUUUUUUGUGUAAAAGCUGGGCUGCUUGUUAUUUGCUGGAUUCAUUAUUGUGUUGUCGCUGCUGGAUGGUUGAGCCUGAAGUCAGAAGCACAAAGACAUUUAUCUUCAUCAAUGCUUGUGAUGAAUCUUUUCUCAUGCUGGCCUGCAUUUCUUUUUCUUUGUCAUGUCAAAAGCUCAUGUGGAACGAGGUGUUGGGUUCAGGGACCUCAGUGUUGACAGUGUGUUUCAGUGUGCCCUCGGUCUCACAGAUAAUGGACUCGGUUUGUGUACACAUCUUGUGGAUCAUGAAAACAUGUUUUCCUUAUAGUGCAAAACUCUGCAGACAUGGCACCACAGCAUUUACACUCUGUCCGCUGUCCGUCUAUUAGAUUUCUUGUAUUUUUUAAAUCAUAUUAUCCCUUUUUUUAUCAACUCUUUUUUGUGCAUGUUAUGUAGGUAGAGUAUGUCCUAAUUCUACAUUUGCUCAAGCUUAAGAUUUUCACUUAAUGAUCAUAUAAGGCAGAAAGAAAAGCUGCAAAUCUUAACAUUUCAGAAGCUGCAACAAGGACAUUUAAACUAAAGUGACUUAUGCACUACAGAAGUCAUGACCCACAAUUUUAUACCACAUUCUUGAACACUACAGUGAAAUACACAGUACCAUUAAAGGCCAUGCGCUGAGUUUUAUACUGAGGUUAAGACAGCCUCAUUCUUAUUCACAUGCCUAUCAUGAUCCACAUAUCGAUGUAAAAUAAUCAGCAACAAGAUCGGCCAUUCCUGACACUGAAUGUCACGGCUUUUGUUUGAGUAAGGUUGUUUGAGUAAGGUUUUUUCCUGAAAAAAAAAAUGUCUUCAAUACAUAUUUGAUGUUUUUGUGUGACUCACUGUGACUUUACCUGCCGUAAUGAUGCAAUUUCUAGCAAGGUAUUAAAAGAGUAUCUAUCCUUUCCUUUUCUUUUCUUUCCUUCUCUAAGCCAACGGUUAUACAUCUUACAUGCGAGUUCAUUAAGUUAUGUUGUUAUUUUGGUACAGUUAGUCUUACAUAGCUGUAAAUCAAUAACUCACCCCAUCACUUUGCAUCCAGCAUAAAAAAAUGUGUCUUUAAUAAAGAAAAGUAGUUUUAAAAAAAGAAUUUGCCCCCACAUACAUUGUACACUUCUUUACACAGUGGGUGAUGGUGUUCAUGGGAAAUGCAGUCUUCAUCCUGUAAAAACACUAUUUCAUCUAAAGGGGUCACCAGAAUCAACACGACAUGAAAGUUCCUCACAGUGCCUUUACUGAGGAUCUUUUGUCAUCUAUCUAUCUAUACAUUUUGAUUUGCUAUCUAUCUUUGUAUUUGCGACACCUUUUUCCCUCCCUUCCCUCAUAGCUAUUUGACUGUUAAAUACUUUCCUUUAACUUAGACAAAUCUGAGUAUCCACAGUUUGACAGUCUCUUUAAUUUAAGCUGUAAAUCUUGUGUAAACAUGAUGCUCACAGCAUCAUUUCCCUCACCUAUAACCAAGUUAACCUCAACAAAGAUUCGGCUAAGGCAUCUCUGUAAUGUUUUUGUGUGAGGCAAUAUGGGAGGCCAUGUGCUAAUGCUAUUUUCCUCUUUUACUGAAAGUUAGAUGGGCUAAUGAGGGUUGUAAUCCAAUUACUCUGAUAAAUGUCAAACAUUUCCUCAUGUUUUCAUCAGGUUUUCUUACUUAAAAAUGUCAAAUGAUGGAUAACAGCAGCUUGCUUGUGUUGACUGAGGAUUUGCGUGACAUUUCAGGACUCACACCAGGUCAGGUAUUAUUGUCCCUCCUCUGUGUGAGAGCACACAGAGCAAUUUGUGUUUAAGGUCAAACCUCUCAUGGAGGACAGAGUGGAGAGGGCCCCUCUGGGACUAAAAUAAGUAGAAAAAAAACAACCCAGCUCCAAACAUGCAGUCGGAACAGUGGGAGAUUUAUAACAUGGAUGCUGUGUUUGUAGAUUUUACCCACCGAGCAUUAUAAUCUCUACUUUUAUAGAUUCCACGUGUACAAAAGCUUCUCUGUACUGUGGAGACACACUACAAUCUCAGUGGAUCGCUUAAAUGCCCAACAGCAUGCUCAGCUUGUGUGUGUGUGGAUUUGAAGCGCAUCCUAUUUUCUCUUACUUCUUUAGAAAUAAAUAAUAUCGCAGAGGUACACACUUAUUAAGCUUACUUUAUUUUGAUUCAGUUUUUUUUUACUCAGUGCAGAAUUAUAGCUGAACAGCAGCUGGACUGUAACCUUAAAGAUGGAUGAUGUAUUAGAGAUAUCAUUAUGAAUACACACACAGUGCAGUCCAUCAGUGUGACUUAUAGCUUUAAUAACUCCCAUCAAUACUCAUUUUCAGUACUCAUUGUCCUCAACAGAAUCACUAUUAUGCUCACACUGCUUUAACUUACCACACUGCUUGUAAACAUUAGGAUAAUAUGACUGAAGAAGUGCUGUAUCAACAACACACGAGUCCUCUCUCCAGACCUCAGAGUGCAGUGAUUAUUUCUGCUGAGAGACUCACUCAUGUUUCAAAUGGAAAUUUCACAGCAGCAAUCAAGUGCAGAGAAAGACAGUGUGUUGUUCACUGCAGGUAUCUGGAGUGCUGUAACAGUUAAGUGUCUCUGCACAAGUGUGUUUCUUACUGUAUGAGGCUGUGCGUGCUCCAUGAGUGUCUGUGUGUGUGUCUGAGUGUGUCUGAGUGAAUAGUGAGUCACUGGAUGUCAGUAUGAAGUAUCCCGUCUUUGUUUCACGGUCAUCAUCCUCUCGCUCCAUGUUGGUCAUGAAUGAAAAUGAGAGACUUUGUCUCUAAUGAUUCUGAUUUCCUCAAAUAUUUUCAUUACCUUUUAACUUGAAGGUUAAAUUUGAUUGUAUCACAUUCUCUGGCACCCGCAUCUCAGAUUUUUUCAGCUUUAAAUCUUAACAAUAGUGCUGUGCACGUUGAAUGCUUUUUGAGCUUGUCAGUCACUCAGAGCUCAGCUGGUUUAGCAGAGAGUGUUAACAUCCUUUAUUGACAGUCAGCACCAGCACCUCCUUUUUAAAGACAUAGUUUGAGAUUGGCCUGGGUAUGCAAGCAGGUGUAAGCAUAAAACUGAAAGUGACAUCUUUCGUCAAAUAUGUUUCCUUAAAGCUACUAAGAGGAGUUUUUAAUUGGUUGUGACACAGAUUGAAAAUAAUACUCAUACUAACUAAGAUUGACAAUUUUAACCUUGUUAUUUUUAAUCCAAUUAACAGCUGUUAGAGGGUAGAUGUAGAUGUCUGAUCUUAAUAUCUUUCCUUAAGCAGUGUCUUCUUACCAAAGUCUCGUCCUGCUGAAUUUUGACAGUUAAAUGUAUCAUUAUUUUUGAAUAUUUCAUGUGGAAAACAUAUAAGCAGGGCUGUCUCUUCAGCUGCUCCUCUGAUACCUACCCCCUCGCAUUGUUUUCAGGUAUUGAAAGUUACAAAAUCAAAAUUGCGUAUCUUGCCACUGAUUUUGUAUAUCAUAAAAAGGCAACUUUUUGAAUUUCAGUCAAUUUCAUAGACAUAAAAAACUCCUCCAUAAAAAGCUUGAAGUGAAUCAAAUGUAGCGUCCUUUUCUAUGGCUUGUUGAUCAGCUAAAUUUGAAAGCAGGAGUGAUAUGAUGUUUGCUAAAAGUAGCUGAAGGUAAAAAAAACAUAAGUACCACAAAGCCCACUUAGAGGAAACAACUGCACUUUAAUAGAUUGCACUUUUAAGAAUUUAUUGUGAAUAUUUAAAGGAUAAUAUAUAGCAAACAGGUGACAUGCAGAUUAGAAACCUGACUAGAUGAGAUGAAUCCUAAAGGUCUCCUGCUCCGUCUCACCUGGUCCCUGUACAUUAUACUGCUACAAACUAAAGCUGAAAACAGGCAGACACUUUUAAUUUAAAGAAGGUCAUUUUUAUUUUUACAUUUUUUAUUAAUGCAGCUUAAAAAAGUGCAUAAAAUUCUUUGUAAGGAAUCACUUCAAUGGCAAGUCCUGUACUCCAGGCCUGUAAUACUGCCAAAGCCAAGACCGUGUUCCUGUCAGGGCAAAAAUUGAGUCUGUUUUCUUCAAUUUGGGCGAUGUCUCUAUCACUAAGCGCUUUGUAUAUGUUUUCUAAUCUAGCAUUUAUUCCAAACAAUUUAAUUGUUUCAGUUUUUUUCAUGUUUCAUCUUCACUUUUUAUCACACCUGUAUUUAUAUGUAUUAUAGAUAUUUGAGAGAAUAACAUGAAAUCUGAUAAGAGCACACCUUUCCUCAGCUUUGACAAUAAUACCUGUGGACUCUUUUCCAUGGAUUGAUUUAAUGUGGGUUUUGAACAAUCAGGAUUAAGUACUUAAACAGCUGGGUGAUAACGCUGAAAGCUGGGCAAUAACGGGCUGUGAUUACAAACAGAUGAAGAGUUGUCCUGUGUUACAAAGACCAAGCCAGCAGGUUUUAGACUUCCUUCAUGGAGCUUUCUAAAGUGCUGCUGUAGAUUUAAAAAAGGUGUUUUUCCCAUCCUUAUUUAGCAUUGUAAAGUUUGUUAACACCAGUUAUGCCAUAUACAAGAAAACACAAAUUAAAUUGAGCUGUCAAAUCAUUUUAAUUGACAUAAAGAAUAAGAAUUUCACACAAAUUAAUAAACAAUGUGAUUGGUCAGAAGCAGUGUUUGAAACUGAUCAAUAUAACCUGUUGUUUGAAAACAGUGUAAGAAAGACAGAAAAAUGAUGUUCAGCAAGUCUAGGUGAGAAAAACAAACAAGCAAGAAAAGCAGAGAGUGCUUUGGAUGUGUUUGCAAGUGGGAAUUAAAAGGGAGCAUUAAACACAUUGAGUCUUUCACACCUUUACUGUGUUCCUGGGAAGAACUGGAGGAGGUCUGGCAGGAAAAUACUGACAUUUCUAUUGUCCUGAAAACACUGAGCACUGCCAUCAGCCAAUUGUAGAAGAAUUUAAUACUGCAGAGAAACGACGUCUGCUGAAUGAUUCUUGAUUUAAAGAUCUUAUUAUUUGUGUGUUCUGGUUUUAUUUUAGUUGUUAACAAAAAUUUAAACACAGAUUUGAUUUGUACUUCUCCCCCGGAUAAACGGAAGCAAACAUUCAAAGUCAAAGAAUAUCCUGAUAUCACAAAAUACUAUUCGUCAUACAUAGUGAUCUUCGUCAUGCACUCUCAGUCCACUCAUGCAUGUCAGCAAAAUCUCUCCAUCAUUCAUGAUGCGUGUGCUGUUACUCAUCCACCAUCGUUGUCACAUCAUGGACAUAAUAUAUCCUGAUGCUCACAAACUCUGGCACGCUUCCCCCACACAAACAUCCAUGCUGCGCCAGCUGGUUCUUCCUCACCCUCCUCCCUCCCCUACCUCUCUACCUUCCCUUCCUCUCCUCUGUUUUGUGGAGCAGUACAGGGAUGGAUGGUUCGACUGGAGAGUGCACACAUCUCCCCAGCUCCAGACUCAUUCCUGCUGUUACAUAAGACCCAUGCAAAGGCUUACAAAUCAGAUUAUAAUAGCCACGGGCCACACACUCAGGGAGGAUAGAGGUCAGUGAAGCAACACGGCCAAACAGUGGACUGAUGCUGGCAUGACUGUGGACAGAGGAGAUGCUGGCACGCUGUCUUGUCUGGGUCCUCAUCCUUUCAGUCUGUAUCUGUUCUGCAGGUAGUGAAAAGUUAGGGUUAAAGCUUCCUAGAUGGUUGUUAUUGUGUGUCUCUGUCCCUUUAUAAAACAUAAAACAGGCACAUUGUUGAAUUUUGUCCCUUUGAAUGCCGCCUCAGGCCCCAAUGUUCCGCAGGAUUACAAUCAUCCUGGAACAGCUGUAGUCUGAGCAGGAACCAGCCACCCCCACACCGUGUCUGAACACCAGGAUUUUCGAAUAACAAAUAGUUUUUCAUGUCUUUUCAUUACCUUUCAUUACAGGUACAGUUGUAAAGGUAGCAUGUGAAUAAAGCAUCAGAUUUCACUCACAGUUCUGUCCAAGGUGCUCUAGUACUUCCCUAGAAAUCCUGAUCCGCGAAGGUUUAACUGUGAUGGGCUGGAUUCCAGUUACGGUUAAUGCAGUGAGACAUAUUGUUGAGUCACUGUGCAGGAGUGAGUAUACCCGGCGCAGCAUCGCAUGAGAAACGUGAUGCCUAAAACAGCAAGGCCUGAAGGGUGUUUGGAGGUGAGACGAGAGGCAAAAGGGACGUGAUGAAGACAGGAGAGGAAAGGAAGACAGAAAAUUCGAGGAGAGUCUAAAAGUGUAAGAGGAAAAUACAAUGAGACUGAGAUCUUCUGGCCAUUGUUAUGCAAUUGUUUUUUUACUUUUCCCAAAUUUUCCAGUUCACUCUCAAAUCUCUCAACUGACCAGAGCCUCUUUUUUUUCUCAAACCAUCUUUUGUCUUCUUUCACAACAAUCAAGGUGAAAAUGGAGAGAAAAGGAUGGAAAACAAACCAGUUUUACAGCAGCUUACACAAACCUAACAAGCAGAUGUAAGGAGAAUAUCUUUUUUCCCUCGCCACAAUAGGAGAAGCUUCUACUUAGAUCCUUCCCCACAAAGGUGACAAAGGGCAGUAGGUGGAGUAAGAGGGGGAGGGCUGUUUUAAUGCUGUCAGGAAGAGUCAGAUCUUCUUGUUAUUGUCCAGCAGCAGGGGCUGUCCUUCUAAUAGCCUCACUAAUCACUCUUGUCAUUUUUAAUCUCCCUCUUUCACCCUGCGCGUAUUUAAAGCAAGGCCUCUGUGUGCCCAGCCGGGAUUAGAACCAUUGAGGGGGGAGAGGGAGGAGGAAGGGAGGGGAGAGCAGCAGAAGCAGUGGUAGCACGCUGCUUUUAUGCCUCACAUUGGGUGCCAUGUGACUGAUGCUCGUGCUAGCCGUGCCGUUGUGAAUGCUAAAAUGUAAGCUAGCGCACAGAUGCUUUAGCCAGUGAUGUGCGCAAAGCAAACAAGGAGUGGAGACCGAUGGAAAAAAGAAACUUAAACUGUAUCAAAAAAUUUAAUUUAUGUAUUGUCUCCUACUGAAUAGAUACCUCAUGAGCAAACAUAAUCCUUUUAGGUUUGCAGGUUAAAGCUAACAUGUUCAAUUUUACACAUCGUGUUGCAAAAAAUUAUUAUUCUGUACACUCAGAAAAAUAAAUCAUAGUAUAGUUUAUUUUUAAGUAUUACUAUCUAUUUGGUUUUGUUUAAAUUAUUACAUUUUUUAGAACUUAUUUAUUCAAAUUUCUUAAAAUCAGCAUAAAUCUGUUAAUUGUGAUAAUAAUUCAAUUCAACCAGUUAAAAUAUAUGAAUAUGGUUUGAAUAUGAUGAGCUAUGGAUCAACCACGAUUCAUUUAGUUAGCAUUUAUGAGACAGAAACAGAUUAAAUUUACCAAUGAUGAAUGUAUAAAUCUUCAUUAUUUAAUCUAAACACAUUGGGUUUAUUGUUUUUACUACAUAGAUAUAAUUCUUAAUUGUUUCAUUUACAAUUAAAGAGGUAAUGUUCCAUUAAAUCCAUUCAUUGAAAUGUUGCUCUGUGAUGGUGCUUCACAUUUGAAAUCUUAUUGUAAAAGUGAAAGUUAAGAGAGCUACACAAGAAGUCUGCCUGUGUCGGCUCAUUACAUAAACAAGCAUCCACCAGUAAGAAAUCUGCAGACAGGAAAAUCCCAAACAAGCUCAGAUAUUAAAACAAUCGUUUAAAACAUGUGAAAACAUCCUCCUUAUAGAUGAGUCUGCAGAUUAAAAAAAUCAAUUGCCAUGCCAAACAGACCUCAUUAAGUAUGUGAGGUUUGGAAAAACAAAGCAGAUGUAAAACUAGUCGUUCAACAUCAGACGUCUGUGUGCCUCUCCAAGUAUGAUGUUGUAGUAUUGAUCACUCCGUGUCCUGCAGUGACUGGCGUAAUCUAAUCCCUGACUUCCGUUUGAAAGCAACAACAGAUGCUUUAUGUGUCACAGCCAGUCUAAGGUUGGUGUCCUCCUCAGCUGUUUUAAUAGUAUUAGUUCACACACAGGUGUUAAUCCUUGCUGUUUUAACCCUCCCGUUGUGUUUGCCUGGAGUGUUUCCAUUAAUCUGCAUGGGCACGUCUUUUUAUAGAAAAGAAAAUACCGCUAACCUGCAGAGGAGUUAAAUUUAGCAUGGUGUGAUUCCAUUAUCUGAGAAUGGUUUGUUAUUCUGGGCGAGCGCUGUGAAGGUACUUACAUAAAGUAUCGUCAUUGAUGAAACCUGAAAAGCCUAAAGCACAAAUACAACACCAAAUCAUGAAAAAAUAUAUAAACUGUUUGAAUAUACUUUGAGAUAUGAGGUCAUUCACGUGGUUGCUAAUGGUUAAAUGAGAAUAUUAAAAUCACUGACAUUGUGAAACUCAAAGUUAAACACUUAGGAAACAAGGUCUGUAUUUGUACAGAGGUAAUAAAAUAUUCCUGCAAGAAUCUCUGGUACUUCGAUUUAGGCGAAGAUUUAUUUUAUUUCAAUUAUUAUUUGGUUCUUCAGACUGGCACAUUUGUUAUGUUCCUGUCUUAGAAACUCCAGACUCAAAUAUCUGUGGAGCGAAUAAAGAUUAGGCUAUAUAUGAGUCAGGAAAAGUAACAGACACCAACAGUGGAAACUUUUUAUCGUGUCAACACCAGAAAAUAGGAUGAGAUUGCUAAUAAAUCCAGAUCAGAUUGACUGGCUUUGAUAACUUCAUGACUUCCCAGGAUGAGUUCCUGUGGGUGUGUGAGCAGAAUCCCUUUAAGAGGAGUAGUAUGCAGAGUACCUCAGCUGACCCAUGGAGCUGGUUUUUAGUCGUACCGCACCUUGGCCGGGCUCUAUGUUGUACACUGAUGUGUCCUUAAAAACAUCCCCUGUGAGAGCGUGUUAGGACAUGCUCUCUGCUGUCCAACCCAUGCAGUGAUGCGAGGGAUUUUGGAGGAGGAGGGAGAGAGGCCGCCCGCCCACAGCCAUUGCAAAGAUCCCAGGGCUAUUUACCGCUCCACUUUUAGGUUCUUUAAUCUGGUGUGAUUUGGUGAACAUAGACGCCAGCUGGAGAGAAAAUGAAGUGAGGACAGAGACCUGAAUCCUUCAGGGAAGUGGACCUGAAACUUCUACAAGAGUGGUAUAUUUAGGCGAUUUAGCAUUUAGCAUUCGUGACCCCCCUUUUUUUUCAUCUGUCCAUCCCUGAUGUUUGUUUCACUGGAUUAUUGGCCAUUAGAUUAGACCUAAAGAUGCUGUACAACUUUAUAAAGGACAAAGUUAUAAUCUAAAGCAGUCUGUGUUUCAAACAUGUCUUCAGGGCAUCAUUUUUAGAAAAGAUCUGAAGUAGCCUGGAAUGUGAAAUCUACUUUACAUGAGGCACAGCCCUGAGCUCUGCAGUGAAACUUUAUCCCUGCCUCUCCCUCUAACUGAAUCAUAAAUCCAGUUGCAUGAGCCGAUACGUACAUACAUCAGCCCUGUGUUAAUCUACGCAACCAAAGCUGCCCUGGAUAUGACGUCUCAGUCUGUGACGUCACAGCGUUACACAUCAUCUACGCCACUGCUGCUAUUUCCUAGCUGCCAACUGCGCAUUACACUCAUCCCCGUAAGGUUCACUUCCCACUGCUGCUCUGUUCACCUUGUGGCGUCCUUCUCCUGGAGGGAGGAGGAGGAAGAGGCUGAAAGAGAGUGAUGUGAGAGAAGACAGAGAGGAGGGUUGUAAAGUGAGGGGCAGAUUCUUUAGACACGCAGAGGUUUCAGAUCGCUGAUUUUCUUCAUCAGCAGAUUGGUUCUAUUUUAAAUAAGAGUGAGAAACAGAUCGAUCAUGUCCUGUAGUGAGACGCUACAAUCACUCUGUGUUUGUGUAUGUUGAGGUCACUCCUGCGUGCAACUCCCCCCCGUUGGUGCUCUAAAUUACCAACUCUUCAGCAAAGCACAACACUGCUCUGUCUUUGCUCACCACUUUAGAGAGUCUGGGGAAUGAGUGGUGACAGCAGCUAUAGGCAGCAGCAGCAGCAGCACUGUUCCACUUACUCAAAACAGCCAUCAACAGCUCAUUUUUAUUCAUUCAGAUGCUCUUCCCCUGCCAAGCUAUGUGCAUGUUCCCACAGGCAAGUGCCGCCUGGUUGAGUUGUUUUUCAUCCAUUUAGCUUGAGACAGACCCAGACUGCUUUCCCGCACUUUAUCUGCCAGCCAGCAGAGUCAUAGAUGUGGGACAGACACAUAAAGAGAUAAAAAGUCAUGAUUGAAUUUAGAGGUCUGGUACUUUGUGAGGGGGAGUCUGUUUUCAUGCUGAAGGUCCCACACUGUUGUAGUAUUUAUUAUAUUAGAAUAAGCAGUUGGCACUGUCCUCUAUCAGAGCUCAGAUGUGAUCCAGAAUUUUUACACCUUUUACCCAACUGUGAAUAAAUGAAAAAAAAAAAGCUACUUCAACCAGUAAGAUUAAGGGUUUUUCUUCCUUUCAUCUAUCAUCUGUGCCACUUCUUUCAUUUUAUGGGCGCAGGAUUUAAACCAGGAACCUUUUUGUUGUGAGGCAGUCGCCCUAAAAUUAGAUCAGCAUGCUGCCACUUUCUUUUCUUUGUUUUUGUUUCAGCACAAACUGGAUCGAUUGGUGAUGGAAAGAUGGUCAGAUUGCACAUUUACUAUUUUUUAUUGAAAUAAACAAACUGUGACUCAGCACCAGGCGAAAACUUCUAGAUUAAUUGUUACUGAUAUCAUUGCUCAGCAGUGAUUUAUUGUUGUUAUAAUUGUAGCUGAGGUUUGCCAGUAGUUCUUUUCUUUUUAUGUUUUGAGUUUUGUGCCUUCAAGUCCUGCGGGGGUGUGUACCACUCUGUAUAUGCUGCUUAUUUUGAGUAUUGGAGGCUUCUUUCAGAGUUUAUUCAAACCUCUCUGCCAGUUUAUUGCCAAGUGUGAGAUUAUGGACAACUUAGUCAACCCACACUCCUCCUUAUAGUUAUAAAACCUACCGUGGAGCAUUAAUCAUCGACAUGGUCAGUACAUCAAAAUUAACAAUAUCCUCUAACAGCAGCGCAUAAUGUCUGUCAUUAUGUUCAGCUGAGAAGCGCUGAAUUAAUAAGAAAGAGAAAAGAGCUUAAAAUAACAUGUAUCCAGCACAAAUGAUGCAUUAGGACUGUGUGAGUGAGUGUGUGUAGGUGUGUGUUGUUCAGUAGCAUGUGUGCUUGCAGCUUCUUUUUUUUUUACAUAUAUCUAAGGAAGUUUCAAUCCAAAAAGAAUCCGUACGUUCACAGUAGAUGGUUAUACAUCUGAAACAAGGUUGUCAUGUAUAUAAAUGUGGUCAUAUUCCUCUCAGGUGUAAAAUAGUACAGUUUGUGAUCAGGCAGCUUGGAUGAACACCAGAGGUGUCAUUUCUAACAUUACUAAUGAUGAUGCAGCAGCUGUGGCUCACAAACCUACUCGCACAUACAUAUGCAUUAUGUUUACACGUACAGAUUACACUUUUCCUCUUUAUGGUCAUAAAUUAUGUAUCACACCUCUAUCUUUAAAGAACAGCUCAUCUUGGUAUCACAUAUAGUGAAUCUGUCAUCACAAGGAUUAUUUUUCCUUAUUUUCUAAAUUAUUGAUCAUCAAUUCAGUUGUAAUUAUCUAAUGAGAGAAUAACAGAAGUGUUAUGAGACACAUGUACCUAAAACAGGAACAACAUAAAAAAAAGAACAAAACAAAUAAAGAAAAAUAAAUCAAUAAAUAAAGGGAACAUGUUCCUUUCAUCCUCACUGUGACAGGAAAGUGGUGAGAAAAAUAACAGGAAGUCAAACCUGCUGUCACAUACACCUGGUAAAGCCAGGCAUGGGCAAGUACUUGUUUCCAUGGCGACCAGCUCAGGGAGGAUUUGAAGACAAUUUAAUGAUGUGUAGGUGAAACGUAUGACAGGAUAUGUGACUUCUGCUAUGCGUGUGUGACGCUCAGAGAGGGUUUUGCGUUGCUGUCAAAAUAUUGAGGUGCCUCAGUGGAGGGAUCAGAGGAGACUUUGAUGACUCAUAGAGCACAGAUCCUCAAGAGGUCUUACAUUGCAUAAACUGCUGUCAUAGGCUUAGACGUAUUUAAAAUCUGCUCUCUCUGUCACAAAUCACCAAUAUAGGUUUGUAAACGUAGUCUAAUUACUUAGUUCAGGACACUUGUAAAACCUCAAAAGUUCAUGUAAAGUGUGAUUGUUUGGUCUGUACCUCGAGGUAAAGUGUCAUCCUCUGACCUUAUCUUUCACACGCUCUGUAAUCACACAUUGUGACGUUCCCUGAAAGCUCCUCUCCCUCCCUCAGUCCAUCCCCUGAGAGGCCCGUGUCUGGCCUCGUUGCGUCAGUUUGCUGCCCCCUCGAGCCUUCUGGUUACAUCACAGACAGGAGUUGGACGGUGGCAAAGCUGCAAAUAUUAUCAGCAGACAGACUGACGGGAACCUAGAGGACUUAUUUCUAUGUUUGUGUCUGUGCGCGUGGAUCAGUGCCAAGUCUGACGCCAUAAGGGCCAUCGCUUCCAGCUUUGCUGCUGCCCAUACUUCAUCCCUUUCUCCUAUUUGAUCUUCCUGUUUCUGCUGCUGUGAGUGAGUCAGGCAGUGAAGGUGAAGCUCUGCAUGGCCCAACAGUGAGCCUGAUUCUGAUGAGUCUAAGGAAGGAUAGUCUGGUUGAAUAAGUGAUAUAAGAAUGUAUACAUAUAUAGAGAGAGAUAUAGAUAUAGAUAUAUAUCCUGAGCAUUAAAGGGAUAUUCUGGCGUAAAAUUAAUGUAGGGUCAAACACACCGUAACACAGAGUUAGACACCCCAUCGAGAGAUUAAUGUUGCCGACCGCUUGCUUCUCUAGUUAUACCAACUUUAGUAACAACCGCAUGAUAGCAAUACACAGCGGUCUGAGGAGCCAUAAACAAACCUCAACCAAAAACCCACUCUAUAGCUACAAAUAAUGCUCAGAACAGCACCUAACUUCAUCAACAGUACAUAUAGGGUCCUAGCCAAAGCACUAGCCACCAAACACCUUUUUAACUUUGCCUAAUUUUUUUUAGCAAAGAGACUAAACACAACUCACCUACUCUCUUCCAGCGGCCUCAGGUCAAUCCAUUACAGACUACAGCGGGGUGACGCAGCUCAAGGAAGAAUAUUUAUGAUCUUUAGUUUAUCAUUUCCUUGAAGUAAUAAUCAUCAUAUUAAUCAUUUUGCACUGCAGACGCGGUAGUUCUUCAGCCUUAGCGUCUCGGCCUGAUUGCAUUUCCAUGAAGAAAAGAAAAGAAAAGAAAAGAAAAAGAAAAAGAAAAAGAAAAGAAAACAAGCCAAAGAGGGCAAAUCAGAGAGCUCACAAAUGAUGAUCAAAAAGAGGGAAAAUAAAUAUUCCUGCUAAGACAAGUCAGAGAGAGAACUGGCAACAUAACGUAACCCAAACUGCGCUGUGCACAGCAACAUGAUAUGAGAAGAAACCAAGAGGACAAAAGCAAUAAAAAGCUAAGAGAGAAAAUAAAGAGAAAAAACCCUAAAUAUUAGUAAGAACAACAACAAGCAUCAAAAUAGUGUUGCACAAAGUGACAUGGAACAACCAGUAUUAAGACAAGAUAAGAUAAGCCUUUAUAUAUCACAUUGUGGAGGAAUUUGUAUUGUUAACAGCAGCAAAGGAUCAGCAUAGCAAACAUAUAAAACAUAGAAGAAGUAGAAGUAAGACCUUAAUACCUGUUUUAAUUUCAUAAAGAUCAACAACACAUGCUUUAAAAGGUCACCCACACACUCCAGACUGAUGCUGUGAUCAUGGAGCGCAGCAGCUUGUUGCAACAGUCAGAGAUAAUGUUUAUGUCACAGUGUUAUCGUGGAUGAAAUCCGUUUGUGUGAAGGUCGAGCCGGUGUUCGUGUGUAGCCGUUGUUUGACAUUAUCUAAAUUGAAAAAGAGACGUUGUGCGAGAGUGUUUUUGAAGACAGUCUGGGUCACGCUGCAUUAGCUGACACAACAAACAAACCUCCUGUUGUUACACGUCACUCACUGUAGACUGCAAAUUCUUAAAGAGCCGCAUCAGACAAAUUCUUAUUCCUUCUUAGACGAGUACACCAGGCUGUAGUGUGAACCCAUCAUGAAAUGAUUUAAACUUUUGCCCUCAAACACAGACUGAGACAUGUCCAUCUGGAAGGUGUCAUGUGGGUGUUACACAAUUUUCCCAUUUAAUCAAUUUUCCUGAGAUCUCUUUCCUGCCUUAUUUUUUAUCAUGAACCUGUUAUGUAUUUUGGUCUACAUGGGCUGUCAUAGUUGAUACCUUGCAACACUCAGAAUUCUGGAGCAAUGAUUUACUGUAUGUGGUUGCCAUGACUACGUAUUGUGUGCUUCUGCUGUUCUGUCAAUGUUUUGUAUUAUGUUAUCAGCUGAUGAUGAAAUUGUUUCUAUGUUGUGGAUUUACAUAUGUAAAAUAAAAUGAUAAAACUAACAAAAAUUAACUGCUUUUUUCUUGUUUGUCUCUUUGCAGAAAGUGAGUGAGAAAGUUGGAGGUGCAGAAGGGACGAAGUAUGAUGUAGACUUCACUGAGAUGGAAAAGGCAAGACUGAACUCUUCCUGUUUUUGAACAAAGAGCUUCAAUUUUACCUGUAAAAACUUGAUGUAGAAGAAGUAGCUCUGGUAUUAACAGUAAAAUUUAACUAAACUGAACAACACUAUCGUCUCAAAUCUGUCUCAUCUCUCUUACCGUUGGAUAACCGGUCCCUUAAGAUCUAUAUUUUGCUGUGCUGUGAUAUUUAUCUCACAGUCUGUCAGACAUUUAUUGUUUCUUCUCUUUUAUUGCGGUUUCUUCUGUCCCCGUUGUCCUCCUCAUGUUGUUUUGCUUUAUGCUCUGCAGAAGAUGGACACCACGUCCCGGGCCGUGAUGGACAUCAUGACCAAGACCACCGAGUAUCUGCAACCAAACCCAGGUGACACAUGACAGCAGUGAAACAUGUUGAUGGGAUGUUUGUUUUUUUGGAUCUCUACCUACCGGACAAGCUGUUUCAGCAUCUAUCAGAUUCAGCUCUGUAGAUGCUAUCGACGUCAGAGAACCCUUGUGUUGUUGAAUGAAUUGUAAAAAUUGAGUAAGAAUUUAAAAGUUGGUUACAAAAGAGUCUGGUGAGGGAGAUAGAAGGAAAAGUGUCAGACACCAAACUAAAUCUAAUUUCAUAAUCAUAGUGAACUAAUUUAAGAUACGCUGUUUUUAUCCUUUACUUCACAUACCCUUGAAAUACUCGGUCAAAAAACUUCAAGUUCCUAUCUUAAACUCAUCCAUGUGUUGUUAAAUCAAACUGCUGCUCUGUCUUCACAGCCACCAGAGCUAAGAUGAGCAUGAUGAACUCCAUGUCUCGUAUGCGAGGGCAGGAGAAGGGACCUGGUUACACACAGACUGAGGCCAUCCUUGGAGAGUCCAUGCAGAGGUUUGGCAGGGAGCUUGGAGAGGACUCCAACUUUGGUAAGAUGCAGAAUGUUAAAGCUUUAUGCAGAGAGAAAAGUAUCAUAACUUCAUUCCUUUGUAACUAGGUUAUGAAAACACCCAGAGGAAAAGUUUUAAAUUUGCUUUAUCAUUGAAUUUACGAGUGAUGAAAUUAAAAUGUUGCCUAAAGAGCGUGUCUCUUAAAAUCUGCUGAUCCUAGUGAGACAGUGUUACAGGAGAAAAGCAACAUUAUGAACUGGCAUUGAUGUGUGGAGUGUUUCCAAUGUCUAAAUGUGUCUUUAUGUCUCCAGGCAUUGCUCUGAUCGAUGCUGGUGAAGCCAUGCGUGAGCUGGGAGAGGUGAAGGACGCUCUGGACAUGGAAGUCAAGCAGAACUUCAUCGAUCCACUGCAGAACCUGUACGAAAAAGAUCUGAAGGAGAUUCAGGUACGAGUUCACAGCUUUGAUGCAUAAAACAGAAAAAAAUAACCACCUGGUAGUCUUAGUCGUCUAUCGAUUCAGGAUUCAGGUUUAACUUUUGGGUCUUCUCUUGCAGCAUCAUCUUAAGAAAAUGGAGGGACGCCGUCUGGACUUUGACUAUAAGAAAAAGCGUCAGGGCAAAGUGACAGAGGAUGAAAUCAAACAGGCGCUGGAGAAAUUUGAUGACUCCAAGGAGAUCGCUGAGCAGAGCAUGUUCAACCUGCUGGAGAGUGAUGUGAGGGUCUUUUUUACCAUCCUCCUAUUUUUCCUCAGACUACUGCAUCAAAAAUGUGACACAAUUCAAAUUAAAUCAUAAAUAUUGGGUGACACAAGUGAGCUGACAACCACGAGGAGACUUUGAAGUCAACAUUUUGGCCUUUUACCUUCUGAACAAGAUGGUGGAUACACAUGCCCCAGAGUGACUUCUCAGUGACAUACAUUUGAUGUAAACUCUUUAUUCAACCUCUAUAAAGAAAUUUAAAUGUUAUAAUAAGAAAGCAGUUGAGACCAUAAACUCAGUAAUUAAAUAAUAAAUGACUGAACAUAUCAGGUCAUCUAUUUAUACAGCUCUUAACUCCUCUUUGAAACCAAGGGAGUUGCCCCCUGCUGGCUGUUAGCUGAAGUGCAGAUCUGAUGAACUCCUGUGCUGUACGGAGUGCCAGGCCUCGUUGCCUUGAUUUAAAUAGACUGUGUGCUGCUUCACAUCAAUUCCAUAUUGAGUAACAGUUCAACAGCACAGCAUUUAAAUUUUUUCUUCUAUUUCUGGUGAAAAGGAAAGAAGAGAGAAAUGAGGAAAUUCUGUCUGACAUUCAUCAAGUUGACAGGAGCAUGAUUGGGUUCAUUUUGUAUUUAUGCAGCCAUAACUAUAAAACACGAGUAUUUGAUUUUUUUGUCCAAGCUUUCUGAAGUAGUUUUGUUUUUAUUUUUAUAAAGUGGGCCUCAAUACUCACAAAACUGUGACAAACCUGUCCUUAUUUGAUGACACUGAUUACAUACUGGGGAAACAGUCUCUUUACACAGUCCAUUAGUAACUGCUCUUGAGCUUCCUUGAGUUCCCCCAGUAAAUAUGGCUUCAAAAGCUCAAACAGCUGCGACCAAACCUCACGGCAAGGUAGUUUGACAACUGCUGUAUCCAAGGUUAAGAACAGGCUGUCAAUCUCAGUCCUCUUUUUUCACUUCUAUGACUCAUCUGGGUCAGCGGAUAUUCUUGGUUUGUGAUCUUGCUGUUCAAGGUCUGAUGGAGGGGGGGCUGUAACUGUUUCACAGAUCGAGCAGGUGAGCCAGCUGGCUGCACUGGUCCACGCUCAGGUGGAGUACCACAGCCGCGCUGCUGAGAUCCUCACACAGCUCUCCAGUAAGAUCGAUGAAAGGUCAGUACUUCACUUUGUGUUUCACCGAUGUACGCUGUUAAAAGACUCUCACUAAAAUCUCAGAUCUCUGUUUUAUCUGCUCUGUUUCUGUGUUUUUCAGAAUAAGGGAUUGUUCUAACAAACCAAAGAAAGAGUACAUGCCUAAACCACGUACAUCUCUGGACUUCUCUAUCAGUGAGAACCACAAUGGAGGAAUCCACGGUGCACGCUCUCCAGGUGAGACCAAGCAUCACAGCUCUGAAACAUGUUCAGAAACUGGUCCCUGUGCUGUGUCUACACUGUGCAAACUCUUGAAGAAACCUCAUAUAUUUUUUUAUUUGAACUGAUACUUGGACCAAACAUCAAAUUCUGUUUGGGUUUAUUUACCUAAAAAAGGGCCGUUUCUGGGCUUGUUUCUACUAAUUCAUGACAUCCUUUCCUUUAACAAGCCUGCCUUGGUUUUAUUUUACCUGUAAAUUUUCAAAUAGCUCCAAUAGAAGAAAAGAAAAGGAGGUGAAAUACAACAUACUCAAGUCACACAGUGUUUGUGGUGUGUUUGAUUGCAUAGGAUGGGAAAAGCUGUAACAAUGAAUCAAUCAGAAAUCAAUCAAUCAAAGCUAAUUGGUUCACAUGUAGUUGAUCAAGUAGUUCUUCUGAGAUUUUGAGAUGCACAAUUAAAGUAAGAGCAUGGACACACAUGCAGAAAUACACACCAACGCUAAUUUCACAUUCAUCAGUGACAACAGUAAAAUUGGAUGACUUUGAUUAAGUGGACAAGGACAUGUAUUUGAAAAUUGACAGUGGGUUCCCUUUGUUCGCUAAUUUCGCUCUUUCUUUUCCCAGCGUGGUUUUUCCAACAUUUCAGUUAACAGAAUUUCUGCCAGUCCAGAGCAAACUAAUACAACUGUGCACUCUUCUCUUUCCCCUUUAUGAUUUUUGUCCAUUUUUUAGGGGCGAGGUCUCCAGGUGAGCAUGCAGGUCAAACUUAUCUGUCAACAUCUUUCCUCCACUUUCGUUCUCAUGACUUCAUUUCUUUAACCACAUCCUUUCAUUUUCACCUAAAACUAAAAAAGCCUUUAUUUGUCUUCUUCACCUCCCUUCCUGUUGUGUGAUUUCCUUUUACCCUCUUGCAGCAAGGUCUCCAGGUGAGACAAAGUGAAUCCCUGCAGAGAGAUACAACAAUAUCUCUUCCAUCACUCUUUCAUUCUUAUUUUAUUUCACACCCAUCUCUCAUUCUGUUUUUCUCUUUUCAUGAGAAAAUUUUUUGCAAAUGACUGAAACAUCAGAAAAACAAGUGCUGUCAGUUCUCUGUAUGAAGAACACCAGACCUACAUUAACGAUGAUAAGUUGAUUGGUGGACAAGCAUUUGUUCUUCUGUUUUGUUCACUUGUCAAUCUUCUGGUCUGUUUAAUCCUCCUCUUUUUUACCCGUCUGCUCUCUUCCAGUAUGUUUUCAAACUUGUGUUCCUCCUCACUUUGUUAUUGACCUCUUCAUCACUGUACCGACUGUUCUUACAUAUCCCUUUGUCAUAAUUUCAUCCUGCAAAUGUUAAGAAACAUAACCACUGCUCUGCUUUGUUUGACCUGUGUUUCUCCUUUCCCCUUUGCAGCAAGAUCUCCAGGUGAGCUAGAGUGACUUGGGAGGAGAUGCAAAAUCUCUUGAUCACUCUUUCUUUUCUGACAUUUUACAUGUAUUUUGUGGAAGUGUGUUUUUGCCUGGACUUUCCGUCUGCAGUGCAGCUCGUCUGCAGUGCUGUCUCUGUCUAACCCCCCGUUUCUCUUUUGAUCCUGUGUUUUUUUUCUAUCAAAUCUUCUUUUAUUGUUAAAGGAUGAGUUCAGAAUUUUGGGAAAUGAGCUUAUCAGCUAAUUUCCUCGAGGUUAGAUUAGAAGAUUGAAAUGUCUCUCGCUCCUGGAUGUUAAAUAUGGAACCACAGGACGUAAGCUUAAAACAAAGACUUGAAAGGAUAUUAAAUCCACCUAUCAGUACCUUUAGACCUGGCUCAUCUCUUUGUAUUAUAGGGUUAUGUCCCUAACCACCCUGCCUGGGAGCGUUACAGAGUCACUGCUUGUUUCCAGAAACAGUUUGGAGAACAACUCUAAACUCUGGUUUUGGUAUGAGAUGAGAUACCUCCUUUUUAAGCACCCGUUAUUCCACCAAAGUCUUCGGUAUUUAGUUUGUUUUAUUGUUUGCGUUGGCAGUCGUGGCCAAAGGAGGAUUUGGACAAUUUUCUGUACUUUCUGGUUGGUUUCUACUGUCCGAUAUUGUAGCACGCUAACUUUGUUUGGGCUUAUGCACGUUAUUCGAGGAUGUGAAGCGUGCCUAACCACCACCAAUCAGCACUAAGGAGCAGCACCUGCCUCACAACCAAUCAGGUUGGGGGAGGUGGAGAAUGGCUUUGUUUAGAGUCAGAAAGAGCGGGCCGCUCAAAAAAUUUCAAAUGUUGACUACACACACAUAACAAAACACAGCGAUAUCGUUAUAUUACCAAAUGUCAUCAAUAACUACUAGCUAUUGGCUGAUAUUAAAAGCUUUCUUGUAUAUACACCACAAAAAAAGAUGCUUCUUUAACAGAAUGCUGCCUACCCCACCUUUAAGUGUCUCUCUCUUGUUGUAUAAUAGUCACUUCAGGGUCCAGACAAGCUUAACUCAGGUAUUAAAUGGCGGAGGACAACUCUGAUGUUGACAUCACAGGGGCUUUUGUUUGUGUUAAAAAUGGCUACUCUAAGAAAAACUAAAGUUCUUGUGUCUGUGUCCACAGUUAGUGUUGGCAUAUUUCUGAUCUUAAUGUAGUUGUUGCCUUUACAGAAAGGUGUGAGAGUCAUAUCAAUCAUCUUUUCGAACCAUCCGGCAAGGAAGACAAUGACAAUUUCCCAAUCUACGGAGCUUUUCCUUUAAGCAUGGUAUUCCUCCGAUUGUUGUUGCUCACUCACUGACGGUAAUAUUUUGUGUCUCUCUUUUGCUGUGUCUGUUCUUUUCUGCUUUACCAUUCACAGCCAGGUCUCCAGGUGAGCUUUUGUACAAGCUUUCCUCAUGGAUUAUAUCGAUUAUGUCUGUUAUCUAAAUGCAGCGUCCUCUCCACUGGACCAUCUCCUAACUCUUUUAACUCUUGUUUUUCUGCAGCCCCCAUGGACCAGCCCUGCUGUCGUGCUCUUUACGAUUUUGAUCCCGAGAAUGAGGGUGAGCUAGGCUUCAAGGAGGGCGACAUUAUCACCCUGACCAAUAAGAUCGAUGAUAACUGGUACGAGGGGAUGCUUCAUGGCAACUCGGGCUUCUUCCCCAUCAACUAUGUGGAUAUCCUGGUGCCGCUGCCUCACUAGGACGUCACCAAUAUGAGCUGUGUCUGCAAAGGUGGUGAAAGAAUCCAAGUGUCCAGUUCCUCCCUCGAGUAUUCCCAGUAAUCUUUUUCCUAAACAUUCCUACCAACCACCUGCACUCCACUUUACAGGAGGCAAACAGCAACAACACAAUAAUGAGCAAAGAUUGAAGAAAUAUUAGAGCAAGUAUGCAAAAAUUGUGUGUAAAAACUGUAAGUGAAGAAAUAUCUGCAUUGAUGUUGUUGCUGCCCUUAGUCCCAGGAGGUUUCUUCAGGCUUCCACGGUCAUUUUAUCCAACUUCUGUCCCGGCUUUUGUCUUUGUUAAGUUGGCUGUCAGUCCUUCAUGAGUUUAUCAGAACAGAUUUACAAAAAAAACUCACUCUUUCUCUCAUUCACGGUACUUUGUGAAAACCUCUACAGUAGAUAGAAACUUUUUCUCUCACAUAUUAGAAAAAGAGAAAUUGGUCCACGUGCUUCAUGUUCAUUAGAGACUCUAGGUCAAGCAUGGUUUCAAGUGUUCAACGUUUUAUCUUACAAAAAAAAUAUGUUGAGAGGAUUCUAUUUUUGUUUCAAAUGUUUAUUUCUUUUUUCUUUUUAAUCAAUACUCGUAUUCUGGCAUGCUUGGACAGAAACUAUGUCCAAGUCAUGUUCAAAAACUCUGUCCAAAGGAUGUCUGUCAACUUUCAGAUAAUCAGAUUUUUGACAAAAGUCAUAGAUCGUUCCAUAUCUUUACAGUGUGAACUUUAAAAAAAGAACAAGAAUAACUGCAAUAUUUUAUUUUAAAAUAUCAAAAUGUGCGUCUGAGUGAUUAAGAUACCAAAGUUACCUGCAAAAACCUGUAUCAACUCCAGUUUUAGCUUCAAGAUUUCAAGACAGUAGAUGUCGGUAAAUCUGUCGGAUGCACCAGGGUGAAGCUUGCAAUCUCUAUUUCUUUGGUAUUUUCAUCAGGAGGAGAAAACCCGUAUUCUUCAGUGUGUGACAUUUCCUAUCUGAGCCAGUGGUUAGUGGAGUGAUGAAUUGAUUUGCAAAAACACAAGUUGUGCAGUUUAACCUGUUUGAAGUGAUGUAAGAAAACUAUGGUGCGUAAGUUUCAAUCCUCUAACGUGUAUUUUAUCAGCAGCUUGUGUGACAAAUGGUUGAUGUAUCGUGAUAUACUAAUAACUUAUAGGAUUAACUGCUCUUUAGAGCAACUGUUUUCUCUGCAGCUGAUGGCACUGCUCUGCUUUGGCUGCAUCCCUACUAGCCUGAUUAGUACUGUGUAAUUUAGCUGUCUAUAACUCAUUGAUUAAGCAGAAACUGAAAUAGCCAGGAGUGCACAAAUGGCCUAAUGGAAUGAAAAUUUUUUUUUUUUUUUUGGGUCGAUUUCAGUAGAAAUCUUAGGCAACUUAUGAAAAAGAAAACCCAUCCUUGAACAUAGAAUUGAUUAAAAAAGCUGCUGGUUUACUUAUUUCAUUUAAUGUUAAAUCUCAGAUAAAACGAUAGAUCUUAUAUUUUCUUGAACUCCUCUUUCCAGCUGUAGGAUUUAGGAAGUACUAUGUAGGUUUCUUUCGAUCUCUGGCUGAAAAUCUAAAAAUCAGAUUAUGUUUUAGUCAGCUGAGUAUUUAUGUGCUGUAGUCAACCAGAAUAAUCCCAGGGUUUUAUCAUCUGCGAUUCAAAAAUGUGUUUUCAUCAUUCUGCAGCAGUUGUGUCACUCAUCUUGUGGUAAUGUUGUGCUUGUUUUGGGGGGGAGGGUCUGCAUACUGUACAUGCAAUAAUGCAGAGGGGCUGGGCAGCAGAGGACCUGUAAUAUUGAGGUAUUUAUGAUGUACUGUCUCUGACAGUGUUCAACAUUAACAACAAACAUGGAUGUCUCUUUUCUCAGCAGAAUCCAUCAGAUUCAGUAGAUUUACAAUAUCUGAUGCAACAUCACCUGACAUUAAGUGUUAUUUUUGUAAGGGAAGCACAACUUUAUCAGGCAGAAAACUUCAUGGGCUGGGGAUAGAUAAUCAAAGGUCAUGUACUAAUUUGUUUUAUAAAGGUUACACAAUUCCUUCCUUCUUUUUCUCUUUCACUUUUUUUAACAAUCGUGUGUAUCUUUGCCCUCAAUGAGGACUGUACAGCUUUUCUGUGUUUUUGUUUUCACCUUGUGUGUAUAGUCUUGCAUCUACAGUAACGUAUCUUAUUUUUGUAACUGUGAUUAAAGUAUACUCUAACAGUAUAGAUGUAUAUAUACAGUAUAUUAUCCAGAAGCAAUGUGAAAGGAGGGAUUCUCUGUGCUGCACAUGAUUGUCUUUGGAUUGUUUUUCUUUGGUUUGUUUCUUUUCUGUUUUGGUUUUUCUUUUAUUCUCGCACUGGAUUCUAAGACUGUAUGCUUGAUGUAAAGAAAAAAAAUGUGAUAAGUCAAUGUAAUUUAUUCAAAUAAAUACAGAGAGAUGGUUAUUGUCAAGAUGACUUUUCCUACUUUGAUGCACAAAACUCUGG